AUGGCCGUCUGCCGCAUGGACUCUGAGGAAGUCGAUGGUCGAUGGGUUGGCCGGCAAAGGAGGGAGGGGUGCAUGCGCGUGCCGGAAGACUGCUGGGCGCAGGUGGUCCAGGCUUAUAAUGAUGGAUGGGCUGACCCUGUCGCUUGGGUCCAGUGCCAUGCUUGGAUUUUACAGUUUGAUGGGCGCUAUAGCCCCAGUCCAGCCCAGGUCCUGCAGAAACACCCCCCUGUCUCUGCCAAUACGGCAAUGAUGGGCGACGCUAGUAAGCGAGCAGCGGUAGGUGCCUUCGCGCAGCAUGGGGUAGCGGACAGUCUCAUGCCGGGAAAUGAUGUCCUAUGCUGCGAGGCUGCUCACCACAUCAUGGCCGGUCUGCGCGCCCAGGAGCAGGCGCGCCGUGGCCAAGGCUCGAUUGUCAUCACCUAA